CGGGAGGUUGAUAAUCAGUUUAUUUUGAUAAGAGCUCUUAGUCUGUUUGGAAGGUAGUUUUUAGUUUCACCUAGACCUAGGAGAAUGGUGGUCCUUUGGGAAAAUGCCUUAUUUUACAACAAAGGCAAUUUGUUCCAAUAUAUUGCAACUAUUACAGGUGCCGUUUCCAUCAUGAGCUCAGGAAUCAACCUCGGUUGGACGUCGCCUUACUUACCGAAAAUUACAUCAAUCACCUCCACGAUUCCCACAACCAGCGCACAAGGCUCAUGGUGUGCAAUCGCUCCCUUACUAGGCUCACCCUUUGGAGCCCUAAUCGCCGUCUACUUAGCAGAUAAAAUUGGAAGAAAAUUUACCACUCUCCUCAUGGCUCCAAUAGUCUUUAUUUGUUUUAUAUUCAUCUCCAUUGCAGAUUCCAUUUGGGUUAUCACUGCCUUGAGAUUCAUAAUUGGUGCAACAGAAGGUGGCUCCUACACUGCUCUGCCGAUGUAUAUUGGAGAAAUUUCAAACCCUGAAAUUAGAGGCUUUCUUACGGCAACCAUUGCCAUAUUUGCUAUCACAGGCACUCUCCUCAUCAACAUCAUUGGCUCAAUGAUGGACAUUUUCACGUCCAGUUUGGUAUGUGCAAUGAUCCCAGUCAUCCACUUUGCAGCCUUCGUUUUAAUGCCUGAAUCGCCUUAUUAUUACAUCAAGAAGCACAACAUGAAAGACGCAAGGCGGUCUUUGGAGAUACUGAGAGGAACCUCCAAUGUUGAUAACGAAAUGAACUCUCUGCGGAUUGCAGUAAGUAGACAGGAAAGAUCAGAGAAAUCUGGAGUGUUGGAUCUUUUUACAGUUCCGAAUAUAAGAAAGGCUACGUAUAUUUUUCUCAUUCUUUGCUUAACUAACAAGUUUAGUGGCAAAAACCCGUGUAUGUUUUACACCGAGACAAUUUUCAAAGAAACUGGGAGCAAUAUCAAUCCCACAUUAUCUGUUGUGGUAUACUGCACAGUAGAAUUGAUUGCUGUUGCUUCAGCAACUUUUUUCAUCGUGGACAGGUUCGGAAAGAGGAAACUUAUGAUAACUUCCACAGCUGGUUGCGCCCUUUCAGUAUUCAUGCUUUCCCUCCACUUUUAUUUGAAAGACUUCCAUGUGGGAAUUGUUGACAAACUCAACUGGUUGCCUAUUACGGCGCUCACUUCUUACAACAUAUUUUUCAGUAUCGGUUUGGCUUUCGGCCCAGUAACAGUUCUCAGUGAAUUGUUUCCAACGAAUAUUAAGGCCAAAGCUCUAGGCAUAGCGGAUACGUUUUCAGUUUUGAUGGGAGCUUUAGUAUCAAAGAUAUUUCAAAUCGCUUUGGAUGAGUUUGAAACCAUGUUUGUUCCGUUCUUCUUCUUCUCAAUGUGCAGUUGUGUCGGUUUGAUUUUUGUUAUCAAAUAUGUGCCAGAGACCAAAGGAAAAACGCUUGAAGAAAUACAGCAAUAUUUGAUUGCCGGAAAAAACUAAUAAUGAUAAAAUUAUGCUAUGUGGCAAAGAUCUCUCUAUGGUAAAAAAAUUUCGAUUGGAAAAUACUGAAAAGUCUCUUUCGCUCUAUAACUCUGACGAAAAACAUUUCGCAAGAGGGACGAUACAGCAUUUCCGAUCACUACUAAAAUUGUGAGUUUGAUUAAUUUUUUUUUGUGAAAUAUUAAACUAUGAGUGUCUUUUUCAAAUAUUUCUACAAAAAUUAUUUUUUUGACACACCUUAAUUGUUAUCAAAUAAACCCUGACUGAAAUACACUUAUGUAACAUACUCAAAA